UUGGAUCACCAAACCAACUCGAUCUUCUCAAUAUCAAAUACAACUAGUUAUUUGGAUACUUUGUGUUUGAGUUCGAGUUUGAGCUUCGUGUAUAUAUCUAUAUAUAUAUAUAUAUUUACUCGUCAAAAGAUAAAAAGAAAGAAAGGAAGAAAAUGCCUAGGGACAGGGACCCGCUUGUUGUUGGAAGAGUGGUAGGUGAUGUUUUAGACCCGUUUACAAGGUCUGUUUCUCUCAGGGUCACUUACGGUAUGAAGGAGGUUAACAAUGGUUGCGAGCUCAAACCUUCCCAAGUUGUCCAACAACCUAGAGUUGAUACUGGUGGGGAUGAUCUUAGGACUUUCUACACUCUGGUCAUGGUGGAUCCUGAUGCACCCAGCCCAAGUGACCCCAACCUUAAGGAAUAUUUGCAUUGGUUGGUUACGGAUAUACCAGCAACAACGGCGGCAAGCUUUGGGCAAGAGAUUGUGUGUUAUGAAAGCCCACGGCCAACGGUGGGGAUUCAUCGCUUUGUUUUGGUGUUAUUUCGGCAAUUGGGUAGGCAAACAGUGUAUGCUCCGGGGUGGCGCCAGAACUUUAAUACUAGAGACUUUGCGGAGCUUUACAAUCUUGGAUUACCGGUAUCUGCCGUCUAUUUUAACUGCCAAAGGGAGAGCGGCUCUGGAGGGAGGAGAAGAUAAUUAAGUUCGAUAUUAUUAAGCAUGUUAUACUUGUAAUAUUAUUGACGAAGCUAGUUAAUCUAUAUAUAACGUGGAAACUAAUAGUAAUAAUAAUUUAGCUAGCUAGUGGUAAUCAAUCUCCUACUAGCUAGCUAGUCCAUGCCAUGGCACUAGGGCACUAGGGCACCAGGGCACAGCAUGUUGUAUGCUUGUUUGAGACUACAUCCGUACGUCUCCACUUUCAAAUUAACAAGGCUAGCUAUAUAUAUAUAUAUAUAAUAAUAAUAAUUAAGUAAAUGUCAAAGUUCUCUUCUUCGGUCGAAGGGGAUGUCGACUCCAUAUAAAUACAAAGUGUCGAUCAAAUAUUCAUAUUAUAUUAUAUUUUCCA